AACAUCCAGCACUACACUUUCUUUUGCUGCCACAAAACAUAACUACCUCCGCGACAAAAAAGUCAACGACGGAACAACAUCCUUCGACUUCUUUUCACGCCACGGAGUUUGAGCGGCAGGAAGGAUAUCAACAACUUGACCGCUACACCGAGCACAAACACGAGACGACUACGAGACGAUUAAAUGGCCGGUGCGCUCCCACCACAGCUUGAGAUGGAUGGCCUAGAGAAUCUCCACCCCUUGAAACGCCGGCGGAGAGGCAUCGUCCCUCCCCCUCCAGAAUACGAAGACGCUACGCCAGUUGUGUCGCAGGAAGUGGCUGCGAAUUUGUUGAAUAGGAGCGCAGCGAUGAUACUCAAGUCGGUUGGGUAUAACGGUGCAACAACAGUCGCACAGGAGCGAUUAAGGCAGCUUGCAGAGGAUCACUACCUCCGAAUGCUGCGCGUGAUAACCCUCCUCGCAACCUCUCAACGCCGCACAAAGCCCACGGUUGUCGACUUCGAAGAUAUGUUACAGCACAUGGGCAUCACCCUCUCAUCUCUAGAAUCUGAAAUGCUCCGCAUGCCAUCCAAGACACACGCAUUUGUUCUCCCGCCUAGCACCCCGCCGCCCUCGCCCACGCCAGAUCUAGCCACCUUAUUAGGACCGGAAUUGGCCGACACAGAUCUUCAGAAGCGGAGUGCGUUGGAGGACUUCUUUCCCCCGCUGCCUAGCAAACAUACAUACAAGGCCACACCACUGUUCACGGAGCGGCCAACAGAACCGCGUGUGAUAAGAGAACGUGCGACGGAGGAGGCGAGGCUUGCGGAGAACGCGCUUAGGAAAUUGCUGGCCGUUAGUGCUCAUGCUAAGAAUAAUGCGCGGAUUAAAGGGGAUGUGGCGGUUAGUAAGAAGAGGAAGGAUCGGGAUGAAGCUUGGAGGGAGGCUUUCGAUGAGUCGGGUAAUGAGCAUGGCGGUAGUGGGGAUGCGGGGACCAAGGUUAAUGGGACCGGCGCCAUCAAAAUCAAGACUGAGCCGACCGAUUCUUUUGGAGGGUUGGCUAAUGUGGAUGUAUUAACUGCGGUAUCUGGCCACCCAGUUACCGGCGUCGGGGCUGGGUCUGCAGGAGGGGGAGAUGAGGGAGUGGGAGGGGAUAAGGAAAGGGAUGCGGCAUAUCUGGAGGUUAUUGUUAACGCUAAUGAUCCUCGAACCAGAUAG